AUGAUUCUGGAUAGAUACUUCGGCUUCAUUGAAAUGAGGAAAUUGAAAAGGAGAAUAAAUCAAAUAGAAAUGGAAUACACGCUUACAGCAAUCCUGUUCGUCGGACCCAUCGUCACAGUCCCGGUGCCCGUCACAUCGGAAUUUUAUUGGAAUGCAUUUCUGCGAAUCGGCACAACGGAAUUCACGCCCCGCUGCUUUGCAGCUUAUAUUCUCUGCAAAUCUAUGAGCAUAUUGGCUCGAUGA